AUGAUUGCCUCGCUCUAUAUACUUCUCGCUUUAGGGCCCUUCUUAUCCUUUGCCUCACCCUUCUCAAAACGUAUCGUCAGCUCGCUGAACCCAGCCGCCUUUAAAGAAGCCCAGCAGCGGGACGAUACUGCUACGCGAGCAUUUGCAGACGCCGAGAUCAAGACUUCAGACGGCAAAUGCUUGUUUGUAAAUGAAUUAUCAGGAGAUUUCCGCGCGAACCUGAAUCCAAUUCAAGUCGCGCCUUGCGAUGGCAGUAUGGGCCAGAGAUGGGAUGUCAUCUCAAAGGGAAAGCAUAAUGAUCAAGUCGGGACUAUAUUGCUCGUUAAUACGCUCACACAAGCGUGUAUGAACUUUGACCCGCGUCGGGCCGCAGGCAAGACGGUCAUCAUGUUCUCGUGUGGCGGUCGAGCUGACGGAGGCGGCGCCGUAACCAACUCGCAACUCUUCAACUUCUCCGCAAGCGACAGUACCGAGCCACUAACGCUCCAGCCCACCAACGCAGCAGGAACCUGUCUCGCCGUAACCACCACCACCACCACCACCACCAGCAGCAGCAGCGCGCAAGACGACAUCCCUAUCCUCGACCAAGCCCCCUGCCAGCCAGGCGACGCAAGCCAGAAGUUCACGAUUUCUGAAGGCGCCGCUAUUGCCGCUCCAGCAUCCCCGCAGGGUCCAUCCAGUCCUGGAACGGUAGUUGCUCCCGUCUUGCUGAAUGGUGCGGCUUCUAGCGCGGCGACUCCGACGCAAGAGGGAGGCGCUGCUUUGACGUCGAUUUGUAUCGUGACUACCAUCGUUACGCAGACUCAGCUUCGAGUGGUUGCAAAAGCGACAGUAACAGUAACAGCAUCAGCGAGCAUCGGAUAUUCCUAA